AUGGCAAAAAAAACGAUCUACGAUUUCAAAGUAAAGAAUGCUGAAGGUGAGGAAGUUUCAUUGGAAAAGUAUCGUGGCAAAGUCGUCAUUAUCGUUAAUGUUGCUUCAAAAUGCGGGUUGACGAAUUCUAACUAUGCUGACUUAAAGGCGUUACUGGACAAAUAUAAGGGGUCAGGCUUAGAAAUCGCUGCUUUCCCCUGCAAUCAGUUUGGUGGUCAAGAACCAGCAUGUGAAGUCGAUAUCCGUAAUUUCAUUAAGGAAAAAUUUCUGUUCGAGCCUGAUCUUUAUGCUAAAGUUGACGUUAAUGGCAGCAAUGCUGAACCGUUAUUCAAUUUUCUCAAAACAGAACAAGGCGGUUUUCUUGUUGAUGCGAUCAAAUGGAACUUCACGAAGUUUCUCAUUAACAAAGAGGGUAAGCCUGUGAAACGAUACGCUCCAACAGUGAAGCCAAGAGAUUUUGAGAACGAUAUCGAGCAACUUCUUCGAGAAUAA